AUGUCUGACUCCUUGGUCCUGAUUACUGGUGGCAGUGGCCAUGUUGGGUUCAGGGUCCUUGUCGAGGCUUUAAGACAAGGUUAUCGGGUCCGGGCCGCUGUGCGAUCAGAGUCGAAAGCCCGGGCAAUCCAGGAUGCACGGUCUAUUCAACCAUAUACAAAUGCCCUGUCAUUUAUCAUAGUACCAGAUAUCUUAGAGAAAGGUGCAUAUGAUGACGCGGUUAAAGAUGUGGAUUACAUUAUCCACGUCGCUUCACCAAUUGGUGCAUCGGCCGGCGACUACGAAGAAAAUAUUGUCAUGCCAGCGGUUCAAGGUACUCUUGGCAUUCUAUACUCCGCUUUAUCGCAACCCAGUAUAAAGCGCGUGAUCAUUACGUCUUCUGCAGCGGCGGUAGCUCCAGACAACCCUGAGGUUACUUUCACCUCAGAUAACCUUGUCCCUGAUGCCAAUGGACCAUACGAAACUUAUCGAGCUGCCUAUCGUGCAUCAAAAGUGCUAGCAUAUAACCGCACACGUGACUUUAUAACCAGCAAAAAUCCUCAUUUCACAAUCAUAAAUAUCAUGCCCUCUGUGGUGAUUGGGGAGAAUGAGUUGGCCACCACGACAACGAGUAUAUAUUCAGGAACGAACACAUAUAUGCUUGCUCCUGUGCUAGGAAUUCAUAUCUCGGAUCCUAGACCAGGCUUUACCUGUCACCUUGAUGAUGUGGCAUAUGUGCAUGUUGCUGCUUUGCGAGUUCAAACGGAGAGUCACCAGAACUUUGCAGUUAAUGCUUCCAUAGAGGGGAUCGAUUACAACGAUGCCAUCCGAAUUGUUCAGAAGAGAUUCCCCAAAGAAAUAGAACAGGGUAUUUUCCCAUUAGGUGGGCAUGUUGAGGCACUUCGGGUACGAUUCGAUGCAUCUCGUACUGAGGAUGUAUUCAAAAUCAAGUUCAAACCCUUUGAGGAGCAAGUCGUGAGUGUUGCACAGGCAUAUGUCGACGUAUUUAAAAAGCAAACUGAAAAUCAGAUGCCACAUUAA